AUGUUGGGUCGCGAACCAUUGCGCGAACCCCGCCUCUCGGGUAACACCGCUGGCGAAACCGAUUAUGACAAACGCUCGUGGAACAGCUGGAACCAUUUCGGAUGCAAUGUCACUGAAGAGAUCGUGAAAACCCAAGCGGACAUGCUCGUAUCCUCAGGACUCGCAGCCCUUGGCUACAUCUAUGUCAACAUCGAUGAUUGCUGGCAAGCAGACUCUCGAGACUCUGAGGGCCGCCUGGCACCAUCCCCGGACGCAUUCCCUUCGGGCAUCAAGGCGCUAGCAGAUUAUGUGCACAGCAAGGGGCUCAAGCUGGGCAUCUACUCUGACGCUGGCAUUCGCACGUGCGCACUCAAGCCGGGCUCACUGUGGCAUGAAGCAGUGGAUGCUGCCACCUUUGCUGAAUGGGGAGUGGAUUAUCUCAAGUACGACAACUGUUACAAUGAUGGAAGUCCCAGCAAGAAGCGCUAUACGACCAUGCGCAAUGCAUUAGAGGCCACUGGGAGGGACAUUUUCUUCUCGAUGUGCGAAUGGGGACAGGAUCUCCCUGCUCUGUGGGCGUAUGGCGUGGCAGACACGUGGCGCACCACCCGUGACAUCGAGGACACGUGGAGCAGCAUGAUGCGCAUUGCAGACAUCAACAACAAGUGGGCCAAAUACGCCAAGCCAGGCGGGUGGAACGACCCGGACAUGCUGCAGGUGGGGAACGGCGGCAUGAAGGAUUCGGAGUAUCGUGUGCACUUCAGCCUCUGGGCCAUCAUGAAGGCACCACUCCUGAUUGGCUGCGAUCUUUCGGUUGUUUCAAAUAAGACGUUGGCCAUUCUGGGAAAUGAAGAGGUUAUUGCUCUCAACCAGGACCCACUGGGCGUUCAGGCAAGGAAGGUGCAAGUCUCUGAAGAUUCUUUCAUGGAGGUUUGGUCCGGGCCUCUGUCGGAGGGUCGGCUGGUGGUAGCUCUGGUGAAUCGCAGCCCAAUCAGCUUGAAGAUCACUGCCCGAUGGAAAGCCAUGGGGCUGAAUCCUGUGCAGCGGAUGUAUGCACGAGACCUGUGGAAGAAGGCAACUAUGGACUCGGUCAUCUCAGGGGAGCUGAGUGCGCCAGUUCCAAGCCACGAUGUGGGGCUCUUCCUCCUCUGGCCCGCAGUCUAG